AUGGGUCUACGUACUUUGCUCGAGGGCUUUCGCCUGCGCUCUCGCUCUGAGCUUGGCUCGGAUUAUCAUCAGGAGCGCAUUCGCAUCGAGCGUCAAAAAUGGCAAGACAAGGAGCGUGCGAAGCAGCAGAAACGCGAUGAGAAGGAGCAAAAACGACGAGCGCGCGGCGACCAUCACCGUACCGAGUCAGACGCCCGGGAUCAGCAGGUAGAGGCCGCUGCCGAGGCUCUCAUCAAGGCUCGUGCCGCCGCUCUCGAUGACGGACUCGACGACCAUACUUUCAUCCGCAGUGAUACUGCUGUUGAGUCCACAUAUGGCGGUGCUAGCUUCGCCGAGUUCAAGGAGCUCCCGCGCAGAGCUCGGUCUUCGGAAGAACGUCGGCGCACGAGGAAGAAGACUGCCGCUGCUUCCCAUGGCGCGAGCUUGUCCCCUGUCACGAGCCAGCAUGCCAUGUCGGAGAAGAGCGUGCCAACGUUUGCAGCCCGUGGCUAUGCAAGCGUCGCCGCACAGGGUGUGGCAUUUGAGACGCCACCCCGUGGCCGUACUGCUAAACGCAAGACCCAAAGCGCGUGGACAACUUUUACCUUGUGGUUCAAGUCGCUGCUGCUCAAGUCGAAGCGUCAGUAGCUUCUUUACCUGAAGAUGAGCGUCCGGACACAACGCAGACGGAGUUUCUCAUAUGAGCAUAUGGGCUAUCAAACUGCGAUGCACAGGACACGUUCAUCGAAAAUGAUGACAAAAAGUCUUUCUUCUCUGGCGCUAGAAAAAAGAACAAACAACAUACACGGCCAUAUCUUUCGCUUCGCCACUAUACCCCUUUCUCACGGCAGCAGUACAAACCUCGGCCAACUUUCUCUUGGUAGAGGCUACCAGUUUCGUUUGCAAGCUGAGAGUGCUGCCGUUCUCUUUUUGAUUCUAUCUCGCCAGGAUCUUGAUCAUUUGAUUUUUUUUUUGCAGGGCGUUAGGUUAUGAUUUAGGGAUUGGGUUCGGGCCUCUUUGUAUCUUGGCAUCAUCCCCAGCAAGGGGCCAAACGGACGGGCCAGGGGUUCAUUGCGGGAGACAUUCAUGCCAGGGAAACAUUUGGCUCUCGAAGGAGGGCCUGGAGUUGGUGGGUUCCGUGAUUAUUUUAGAGCGUUGGCUUUGGUCGGAAGUUAUGGAUAGAUAGCCUUUUGAGGACAAUGAACAGACAAUCUGCCUUCCUACUUUCUG